AUGCCCACAGAGGGAGAGAAAUCUCCCGAGGCAGAGAAUAACAACAAUAAUAAUAAAAAAGGGAAAACUGGAGGCUCACAGGAUUCCCAACCUUCGCCUCUCGCUUUGCUAGCAGCGACUUGCAGCAAAAUAGGAACUCCUGGUGAGAAUCAAGGAACUGGACAGCAGCAGAUUAUUAUAGAUCCCAAUCAAGGUUUGGUGCAGCUUCAGAAUCAGCCACAGCAGUUAGAAUUGGUAACAACUCAGCUUGCUGGAAAUGCUUGGCAGCUUGUUGCCGCUGCUCCUUCUGCUUCAAAAGAAAACAGUGUUGCUCAACAAGGAUCUUCUGUUGCCUCCAGUGCAGCAAGUCCCUCCAGCAGUAACAAUGGAAGUGCAUCUCCUUCAAAAACCAAAUCGGGCAACUCUUCUGCAACAACCCCCGGACAAUUCCAAGUCAUUCAAGUACAAAAUCCAAGCGGUAGUGUCCAAUACCAAGUGAUCCCGCAGAUUCAGACAACAGAAGGUCAACAACUUCAAAUCAAUCCAUCUAAUGCCACUGGUCUACAAGACAUACAGGGUCAAAUUCAGCUUAUUCCUGCAGGGAAUAAUCAAGCUAUCCUCACAACUGCAAACAGGACAGCUUCGGGGAAUGUUAUUGCUCAAAACCUAGCAAAUCAGACAGUUCCAGUCCAAAUUAGGCCUGGUGUUUCCAUACCACUGCAACUGCAAACUAUUCCUGGUACUCAGGCGCAAGUUGUGACAACCUUACCUAUAAACAUUGGGGGGGUGACCCUGGCGUUGCCUGUGAUAAACAGUGUGGCAGCUGGAGGAGGUUCGGGUCAAGUGGGCCAGUCUACUGAGAGUGGAGUUUCCAAUGGAAAUCAGCUAGCGUCGACGCCUGUCACAUCUGCCUCUGUCAGUACAAUGCCAGAGUCUCCUUCCUCAUCUUCCACCGCUACGACCACGGCCUCAACCUCUCUGACUAGCAGUGACACGCUAGUGAGCGCCGCAGAGACAGGCCAAUACACGAGCACAGCAGGCAGCAGUUCGGAGCAGGCGACCGAAGAAUCUCAAACGGCUGCUACCGACUCUGAAGCCCAGAGCUCCAGUCAGCUUCAGUCCAACGGACUACAGAACGUCCAGGAUCAGGCGGGUUCCCUUCAGCAGGUCCAAAUCGUAGGGCAGCCUAUUCUGCAGCAGAUACAGAUCCAGCAGCCUCAACAGCAGAUCAUUCAGGCCAUUCCUCCGCAGUCAUUUCAGCUCCAGUCGGGGCAGACUAUACAGACCAUCCAGCAGCAGCCUUUGCAGAACGUUCAGCUGCAGGCAGUGAGUCCAACUCAGGUGCUCAUCAGGGCUCCAACUUUAACACCAUCAGGGCAGAUCAGCUGGCAAACUGUACAGGUUCAGAAUCUGCAAAGCCUUUCAAAUCUUCAAGUUCAAAAUGCCGGGUUACCCCAACAGCUAACCAUUACCCCCGUGUCUUCAAGCGGUGGCACAACCAUUGCCCAGAUUGCACCAGUGGCUGUUGCUGGUACCCCCAUCACUCUGAACGCUGCCCAGCUUGCUUCGGUACCCAACCUCCAAACAGUAAGUGUGGCCAACCUGAGUGCUGCAGGGGUUCAAGUUCAAGGAGUUCCUGUUACCAUUACCAGUGUCGCAGUACUUGAGCUUGUCAGGGUGAACUCUUGGUACAUUAAUUAACUCUCCAGAAGUGGAUCAUUUGCUACA